GAGUCUGGCGGCUGCUGUGCAGUGGUCUCGGCAUUAAAGCUUGUGGUAGCGUCCGGGACACCUAGGCUCUUAAUUCUUCUCCAAAAUUGUUAGCGAUCACAUGGGUAUGGCAAAGUUUCUAAUUUGUGCACUGUGCUUGAUGCUGGCGGUUGGCUGGUGUAACGCAGAACGCAACAGGAACAGAUCGAGAAAAACUCAGCUCAAAAGACAAUCUAAGAGGCAACAAAAUUCAGAGAUCACAUCAGAUUGCAUGGAUCCUCCCAAGAAGUUUUUGAGGAUGAAGUAUGAAACUGGUUUAAAUGAAACAGAACGAUCAGGCUUCGCCAUGCUCCCCGGCAGCACCGUGACGGUGGCCAGUGGGUCUUCGGAAGAACGACCGAGAGCUGCAAAAAUUAGCACGUGCCCUAGCAUUGUACAACAUCCAAACUUUGACAGCACUAGGUGGCCCAAAACGAUCAUGGAAGCAGCAUGCGAAUGCGAAUAUUGCUUCCUGGGACAGAGGGACCGACGAAUGAAUGUCGAUGGUGAAGACCAAAACUGCCCCGGGGACGCUGCCGAACACCCAGUCGGCUAUUGCCGGCCCAUCACGAGGGAAAUUGCUGUACUGCGAAAAGCAGGCUGCGUGGGUGAUUUCGAACACUACGACUGGGGUUCAGUUACUGUGACUGUUGGAUGCGAGUGCGUUAUUGGUCGUAAACCGUGAACUUCUUAAAUGAGAAGAAUACUUUUCUGCAAUACGACUCUGAAUUGUAACUGCAUUGAGAAAAGCAUGCUAAAGAACAUAAUCGCAAAGUCCUCCUACCGAUCACCCGAAUGUUCAUACGUUACGAAGACAUGUUACAUUAUAUUACAUUAGAAUUGUCCUUAAGUUGUAUUCACGAAUGUCUUUGCGAUUUUGUUAUUUUAAAUGUCCAAAGUCUUUGUAGAAUUUACAGUACUAGCAUCGAGCAAUAAGAAAAUGCACUUAGAUGGGAUAUGUUCUUUGUAGCACAACGCUGCGUAGAUGAAAUUCGCGGCACAUGCUUUUUUUGUUGGCAUUUUCACUUUCACAGAAAUUGACAGAAAAAAGAAAUCGUUGUCUUGCCAAAUGAGAAGAUUCCAUCAAAAGUAUUUGUGAAUGCUUAUGAUUCGAAUGCUCAGCUGCAUGCAUGGCGAACAUGUCUUUCAUUCACCGCUUGACUUUCUGUUACGUAACCGUCGUCCAAGAUUUCGGUACGCUUUUAAGUGGUGAAGCAAUUUCUGUCUUGUUUAUUUUUCAAGACUUUGAACCCAAAGACCAGCGAACUGUUUUUAUAUUCCGAAAACGAAAUUGUAUUCAUGUUUAUGAUUCCUUCCAUGUGACUUAUUUAUUUACUUUAUCAUUCAAUGUAUAAACACAAUGUAAUGAUAUAAAUUGUAAUGAUAGUUCUUUAUAAAAUGUUAAUUACUACAAAAAUGCAGCUGCUUUUUAAAUUCGAUGCGAUAAAGAUAAUUUAAAUGUGUGGAAAUCGAUCAAACGACUCGUAUAGUUUGAUACUUCAUGGUGAUCUGAGAUGAAAUUGUAUAUUUCAAAUUUUUAAAGAAAUGCUUGAUUUCAUUAUAUGAUGAUUCUGGGAUGCAUCUUGAAGUCGAAAAUACUUUUCAUUGCAAAAAGUAAGUCAAUAACAAUAUUAGCGUUUUGCACGUGGCCCCUUUAUUCUGGUGCUUCCACUAUAAAAGUAUUUAUUGGUAUAUUUGUUCAAAUAUUGUGUUUCAACCAUUUAGAUAGGAUAUAAAAAUUGUUCGUUUAUUCAAUUGUUUUGCAUGUUGGAUUUUACAACGUACAUCUUUUUUAGUAGUCCCAUCGAUUUAAUUUAUUAUUUGACGUACUGUUGUUGCUAGCAAACAAUCUAUAUACGUUAUUUAUCUAUUUAUGUUAUAUUUGCGUUAUGAUUUCUGUGUACAUUUCAUUAUUUUUCUCGUUUAAUAUUUAUUUACAUUCAAUAUCGCUAUAUAGCUUUAUAUGUAAUGUCGUUUUGGGCAUGAAUAUAUAUAUUUUUCAAAAGCCACCAAAGUUAUUGGCCUUAUUUCAGUACUCACGUUCUAGUGACUUGAAAAGAGGUUUGUUAGUUCAAAUAUAACAUAUAAUGAUGGUAAACCCGCGUCGGGUAAAUCACACCAAAAAAAAAAAAAAAAAAAAAAAAAUUAUCAGAACAUUGUCUUGUUUGUAUUGAAUACAGACGUGACAGAUUGCUUGUAUUUGUAUUGUAAUUUGAAUCAAAUAUAUAGGAAAAAAAUGACAAUUAAUGCAGUUCAUGCUGAAAGGCAGAUUUACUAUAUUUAUCGCAGUCACAGCGUCUCAAUUAAAGCAGGAUUUUUCAAAAUAUCAACAAAUAAAGUACUAAAAAUAAAUAGAUGUUUUAAAAAGGCCACACACAUGCACAUAGACAAAUUCAUUGCAUUAUGUUUAUCAUUUUAAAAGAGACUUUGAAAUAUAAUUAUGCUUUUGUAGGAAUUCGGCGCUUGUCUUGCUUUUUAUUUUGUUAGACUUCAGUUUAUGCGAAGUUCCUAUUGAAAAUAAAUUCGCCGGUGGUUUCUUAAAAGAAAUUUGCUCCAACACAUUUUGAUUACUUCAUUAAGUAAUUGGUAUUUACAUAAUUUACAAUAUUUUUUUGUACAUCUUUUACCAGCAUCUGGAUUAUAAUUGACCGCAUUUCUGCGAGGUCGGGUAAAAUUCUUUUUAUAUAUUGAAUAAGAAAAGAAUAAGACUGUGAAUACUUUGUUUAAUCUAUGCGUCUUUGAAAAUAAUGUUAUUAUGUAUAGGAAUCAGCGAACAGAUUCUUAUUAGGAUAUUACUUAUUAAAAUGUGAAAAAUUGCAAAUUCGUGUACAUGCUGUAUAUUACGGGAAUGUAAUAGUAACAUUUUUUAUGAUGUUUCUUUUGAAAAAAAGUGCUAUUUAAAUGGAAUUUGAGUAUUUAUUUUGCUUUAACCCUUUGCUUUUUAUAACUGUGUAACAUGUAAUGAACAGUGAGUUCGAUCACAUGAAAUAAAGUGGUUUCAA